GCGGGCUUUCCAGGACCGUGAGCAGGCAUGGCUGAGGCGGGAAAAGUCUCCUCGGGCCUUGGCCUUCCAGGAGAAGUCUCCCAGUGGCCUCUGAAGCGCUAUGGCCGCUUCAUGCUCUUGCAUACCGGAGAGUCGCCUGGUCCUAGCUCCGCAGUUGAUGCAGGAUCUUCGCCCACAUGGAAGGUUUUUGAAUCCAGUGAAGAAACUGGGUCUCUCGUUCUCACCAUCGUUGUAUCAGGUCACUUCUUCAUUUCCCAGGGACAGACACUACUGGAAGGAUUUUCACUCAUUGGCAGCAAGAGCUGGCUGAAGAUUGUAAGACGCGUAGACUGUCUUCUGUUUGGAACAACGAUAAAGAGCAAGAGCCGCAUGUUCCGUGUACAGUUUAGUGGGGCAUCCACCGAAGAGGCGCUGGAGCGCUGCUGCAGCUGUGUGCAGACCCUGGCCCAGUACAUCACCGUUGAGGCACCUGACAACAUUGUCCAGCAGCUUCGCCAGAGCCCAGGCCCACUGGGGGCAGGAGAAAGCCAGGAGAAGGACCAACUGCAUCAAGGGCUAAAUCUCUAACCCCCUCCUCUAACUGCAUCUGUCUCUGUUGAGCAGCAGAUGUGUGUGGCAGCGGGCACUGGCACUCUGGAAGGAAGGACUUCAGUGAUACAGCUAGCUCAGACUAUUCUGGCAUCGGAGAAGCUGCCCCUAGCCUAUGAGCAAUCUUCAUGGGGAGCAGAAGAGUUGGGCCCCUUUCUGCGCUUAUGCCUCAUGGAUCAAAACUUCCCAGCAUUUGUGGAAGAGGUAGAGAAGGAACUUAAGAAGAUCACACAGGGUUAA